AUGCCUCGCUCUGCUGGAGGGCAGUACGAGCCGCUGGCAAUCGUGCCAGCAGCAGCAGCAGCAGCAGCAGCAGCAGCAGCAAACCCCUUGAGCUGCGGGGGCCCCCUUUCUGGCUCUCGGCGGCUGCAGCAGGCUUUGAGUUUGGAGUGUAUGGACAGGUUGGGUGGCCCUGUGAGUUGCUGCUGCUUCCUGCCGCCGCUGCAGCGCAGCAGCAGCAGCAGCAGAGCAGCAGCAGCAGCAGCAGCAGACUCCGACGAAGAGCAGCAGCAGCAGCAGGAGGACAGCGACGACGGCGACAUCGAAGCCCUGCUGCAGCGCAGCAGCAAACGCAAACAGCAGCAGCAGCAGCAGCAGCAGCAGCAGCAGCGGCUCAGCAGCAGCUGGCUGCUGGCAGAAGGCACUCGUGUCUUCAGCACGAGCUGCAGCAGCAGCAGCAGCAGCAGCAGCAGCAAAUCUGAGCCCGUCAAGUUCUUCUCUGCCAAGUCCCCAGUCACGGCCCUUGCCGCGAGAUCAGGCAAACCCUAA